AUGAAGGCCACUCAGACUAUUCUUGCCGGCCUCGUCGCCGCCUCCUCCGCCAUGGCCGCGCCCGCCCGCGCCAUACAGUCGGGCGAUGUCGUCAGGACCAAGGCCGCGUUCCAGGCGCAGUUCAGCCCGGCUCCCGUGCCCAAAUGGACCGUUGAAGAGGUGCAGCGUGCCUGCGCCCCGGACGACGGCUCUUGCACCUGGCACUUGCUCAUCGACACGCACGUCGCCGGCAAGACGGACGUCAACUUUGUCGUCGACGGGCCGGGGGCCUCUCGCAACAACGGCGGGCCCCAGGACUUUGGCGACUUUACAAUCACCUCUGGCUAUGACCCUGCUGGCUUCACUACCUUUUCUGCCGUGGACAACAAGGACGGCCUCAUUGCGUUCCCGGCGUACAGCGAUGCCGAGGUUGCGAAUGGCAACGUUGCUGCUGCCCGCGACUACGACGUGUACUACCUGAGCUCGUGA